UUGCCAAUUAAAAAAACUAUAUCUCAACUUGACACACACCUGUUAAGUUACAAGAUAGAAAUAAGCAUGCACUAAACUACCCACAUGAACUAAUUCUGGUUUCUGACACACACUUGCACAACUUCCAAGGAAAGGAGAUACACUACCAUAAAGCUGCCAAGCUCCCCCUCCCACCACACAAUCACAGCUCAAACUGAGGCAUUUGGCUACAGGGGAUUGGGGAUCGGGCAGGAUCAGUCGUCGCAGUAGGGUGGGCUUUAGUCAGCUUUCCCUCUUGUCCCUCUCUCUCAGCCACCACUUCUCAUCCCUCUGCUUGAGUGCAGCUGUAAAUAUAGCUCGGCCUCCCUGGGCGUGUCUGGAGAGAUGCUGCUUUGGCAUAAAUGCAGGACUGACGAAAACUAGCUGUGUUUCUGCAGGACUGACCAAUACUAGCUUAACUUCGGAGAGACGGAAAGAGAGCAACUACUCACACAGCUCACAACAGAGGUCUUCAGACCAAAGGGGUGCUUUGCCAUGGACUUGAAUUACUUGGGUAAGCCCACAACCGAAGGGAUGGAGUACCGCAACGUAUGUUUAGUGACCAGAAUGGAGGACGCCAGGUGUGAGGAAGAGGAUAUUAACGAGCAAGAGGAAAAUGAAGAUCAGUCUGAGGGCGUGAUGGUGUGGGAGAAGUUUGAACAUUUGGCGCCAGAGAAAAAGAAAAAGGCUUGGGAGCCAAGCAACGAAACCUUCAGUUUUGCUGGACAAGAAAUAUGCAUCAAGGAGUCUGUCGAUUCCUUUGGCGCCCUCACCUGGCCAGGGGCUCCGGCUCUUUGUGAGUACUUGGAGAAUAACCCUGAGCAGAUUGAUCUAAGGGACAAGGCAGUGCUGGAGAUAGGAGCAGGGACCGGCCUGGUGUCCAUAGUGGCCUGCUUACUAGGGGCUUGGGUCACUGCAACAGACUUGCCUGGCAUCCUGGAUAACUUGAGGUACAACCUCUCACGGAACACCCGUGGCCGCUGCCGCUACACCCCCCAGGUGGCUGCCCUGGUGUGGGGACACAACCUCCAGCGCACCUUCCCCUCCUCCAUCUUCCACUAUGACUAUGUCCUGGCUGCAGAUGUCGUCUACCACCACGACUGUCUGGACGAACUGCUGGUGACCAUGGAGCACUUCUGCCGUCCUGGGACCACUCUUAUUUGGUCUAACAAGGUACGGUUUGAGACUGACCAUCGAUUCACAGAGCGCUUCAAGAAUGCUUUUGACACGACCGUGCUUGCUGAGAUACCACAGGAGCAAAUCAAGAUCUACAAGGCCACUUUCAAGAAAUGAAGAGCAAAGAGAACAAGAGAGCAAAACUCUUUUAGAUAAGAAGGGAAAGUGAGGUCUAUUAAGGAUUGAUUAAGGGGUUGAUUAAGAGGUUGAUUAAGGACUAAAAAGACAGAUGGAGUGCCGUGAAGUUGCAUAGGGGUGACAACAUUCUUGGUAUGCUCUGAAAAACACCUGGUCUUACUAAGUUUAACACAACAUUCCUGAACAGUGCUCCAAAUGUUCAGAGGAGUCAUUCAAUAAUAUUUUGUAAGAUGGGGCUCUUUUACAUUGCAUACUGAUAUUUUGAUUUGUGAUAUAUACUAUGUGUAAUAUAACGACUGUUUUGAUAAAACCUACAAUCUUGCAAACUUACUUUGGUAAUAAAUGGAAUAGCUGUCUGAAACUAUAGGAACUCAUACAUGAGAUAAGUACAAUUAUACCAAAUUUGAACUAAUGCAAUUAACUUAUUGCAACUCCAACUCUGUCCCAAUGGAUAAUCUUGUUACAUCUAUGAUCUAAUGAUAUAUAUGAUCUAUAUAAAUGUCAUCCUCAAUGUGUGACAGACAGUGAAGCUCAUCUAACAGGAGUGUUGUGCUUGUUACAUUUACACAUUUAGCAGACACUGUUGUCCAAACUGACUUUACAUCAACUAUAUUAUAAGGGAUUACACUGUCCACAGAGCAACUCAAGGGCUCAAUGGUGGAAACAGGGAAUUAAACCCACACAUUUCAGGCUACUGCAUGCUAGCCCAGCUCCUUUACCACUACACGACCACAGCCUUACAUGCACUAGGCAUGCUCACCAAUCAGAAGUGUCCCAACUUGAAGUGAAAAUUUGAAUAUUGAACUAAAGCUUGACUUUUUGUAAAAACGUGUAUCAGAAUGUUGAUAUUUUCUCCAAAUUGUGCAGCCCUUGUUAAUUAUACUUUUUCUUGGUUCAUUGUCUGAUGCAGGGCACUGAGACGACUAAAGGGAUACUAGCAAUACUGCCCUCUUGAGUCUAGAGGUUGAGCAACAGUUUGUGUCAAAAAUUGGCAAAAAAUUCUCAAGAGUGCCAAUUACUGCAUACACUGUAUUUACACAACUUGGCUGAUUUCACCUGAUAAUAUAAUUUCUUCAGUGCAUUUUUAGAGGUGCAGUUCUGAAUGCAUGAAUUUACCAACAUCCUUAUGCAAUUCUAGCCUGGGUGAACCAAACAAAUCUGUGAGUGCAUUUGAAUUUCCUGUCAUUGUGGCAUUCCCAUUUAAGCCGAUGUCCAAAUCAACCAAAACCCAGGAACCUAUCACAAUUGCUUAUCUGGCAUGGGGCGGUCAUUUUUUACUUUACAUUUGACCCUCCUCGCAGCGCCAAAAUGUAGUGUUCAUUUUUUACACUACACAGGCUUUAUAUGAG